AUAAAAUUAUAUUUAUUUUACAAUAUAAAUUUAUAAAUUUUUAAAAAUAUAAUUUUUAGUGUUAUAUAAUAAUAUAAUUAUAUAAAAUAAUAUAAUUAUAUAAUAAUGGAUUCAGUGUCUAACAUACUUGGUAUUGAUAAAGUAAAUAUGAGUGGAAAAUUAAUUUUAAUAGAAGAACAGCACGAUAGUAAUGCAAACUUUUUAUUAAACUCUGUUAUAUUUAAUGCAUUAAAAAAUAAUUAUGGAAUAUGUUUUGUUCUUUUCCAUAAUACAAUGAAUCAUUAUCAUAACAUGGGUAUGAAAUUUGGUUAUAAUCUUACAUUAUUAAAAGAAAAACAUAAGAUUACAAUUAUAGAACCAAUAAAAAUGAUUGCAUGUAAUAUGGAAUAUAUAUAUGAACCAACAAAAAAUUGUAUAAUUAAUGAUGUAUUUAUAAUUAUUAAAAAUGAAUGUGAAAAAAUGAUGCAAAGCAAUGAAUCUGUACUUAUUAUAAUGGAUGAUUUGAAUCAUAUUUUUAAUUUCGGAGUUAAUUUGAGAGAAGCUAUGUAUUAUGUAAGAUAUUUAAGAUCAUUGAUUGAACAUUAUAAUACAGUUCAACUUUGUAUUGUAACACAUAUUUAUAAAGAUGAAUUGAAAAAUUCUUUUUCUAAUAUAUUCGCACAAACUCUUAAAUAUAUUGCUCAUUUAUUCAUUAAAAUUGAACCUCUUAAAACAGGAUAUUCUAGUGAUAUAUCUGGAAAUCUAAUAAUUAAUUGGAGAAUAGAUAAUAUUAGAAUAAAAUAUAAUUGGCCGCAAAUAUCAAAAUAUAUAUAUAAGUUGUCAGAUCGUCAAGUACAAAUUUAUAUACCUGGUACAUCAAUACCUUUGUUAAGGUAAAAUAAAUUUUCUGUAAAAUUUUCAUGUAAAAUUAA